UACCCAUCUGUCACACAGAAAGGACACACAUCCAACAUGGGGCAUCUUCUGUUGGUCUGCACUUUGCUCUUCCAUGCUUUCUCCACGAUUAAGGGCGACUUUCUGAUUGAAGGACUGAGACACAUCCAGAAGAGAAACAUUGGCGAGCCAGUGAAUGAUAUUGAAGUCUACAGUAUUAACAUUGACUGUAAGGUGACAUCUCGAUUUGCUCAUAAUGUCAUCACAAGCAGAGCCGUUAAUAGAGCUAAUGUUUCUAAGGAGGCCAUCUUCAAAGUGGAUUUGCCAAAAACAGCUUUUAUAACAAAUUUUAGCAUGAUAAUUGAUGGAAUAACAUAUUCAGGGGUGAUUAAAGAAAAAGAAGCAGCAAAGAAACAGUAUCAAACUGCUGUUUCAAGGGGUCAGACAGCUGGCCUUGUCAGGGCAUCUGGCAGAAAGACAGAGAAAUUUACUGUGUCUGUAAAUAUAGCCGCACAAAGUAAAGUGACAUUCGAGUUGGUUUAUGAAGAAAUGCUGACGCGAAAUCAAGGGAAAUAUGAAAUGUUCAUCAAAAUUCAACCAAUGACGCUUGUCAAAAACUUUCAGAUUGAAGUACAAAUUCAUGAACCUCAAGGCAUCAGCUUUCUAGACGCCACUGCGACUUUCAUAACAAAUGAUUUACUACCGGCUGUCCAUAAAACUUUCUCUAAAGAAAAGGGCUAUGUCUCUUUCAAACCCACGCUGGACCAGCAACGUUCCUGUGCAACUUGUACAAAUACCUUACUGAAUGGAGAUUUUACUGUGACAUACGAUGUUAAUCGAGAAUCACCAGGAAACAUACAGGUUGUCAAUGGAUAUUUUGUUCACUUUUUUGCACCCCAUAAAUUGGCUAGUGUGCCAAAGAAUGUCAUUUAUGUAAUAGACAGAAGUGGAUCAAUGUGGGGAACAAAGAUGAAACAGACAAGGGAAGCCCUGCUUGAAAUUUUGAAGGACACCUCAGAACAUGAUCAUUUUAAUUUUGUACUAUUUGACCAUAAUAUUGAGGUAUGGAAACCUUCUUUGGUGAAAGCAACACCAGAAAACCUAAUGGAAGCCAAGGAAUUUGUCAGACAAAUUAGAGAUUAUGGUGCCACAAAUAUCAAUGAUCCUGUGCUAAGGGCUGUGGAAUUAUUGGAUAAAGCACAUGAACUAAAACAAGUCCCAGAAAGAAGUGUCUCUUUAAUAGUCUUGCUAACUGAUGGUGAAGCAAAUACGGGUGAAACUGUACCAGCAAAAAUUCAGGAAAAUGUAAGGAAAGCUAACAAAAAUGGAUAUACCCUGUACUGUCUUGGCUUUGGUUAUGGGGUUGAUUAUGGAUUUCUUGAGAAGAUGGCAUUGGAAAAUUCAGGCAUUGCCCGUCGAAUUUUUGAGGACUCAGAUGCAGCCUUGCAGAUGCAGGGAUUUUAUACAGAAAUUGCUAAGCCAACAUUGGUGGAUAUUAAAAUGCAAUAUCCUGAGAAUGUCAUUGCAGACAUCACCCAGAACAGCUUCAAACAUUACUUUGAUGGCAGUGAAAUUGUGGUUGCAGGACGAAUAAUCGAUAAUGAUCUGAACUUUUUCUCUGUGGAUAUACAGGCAGAAGGGGCAGAUAAUUUACUGAAAUACAGUGAAAAUGUUCAACUACAAGAGAAGGAUGGGGUGAGCAAACAGCAGGAGUACAUAUUCGGUGACUUUACUGAGAGACUUUGGGCCUACCUAACCAUACAGCAACUGCUGGAGAAACGAGUUUCUGCAGACCCAUCGGAGAAAGAAAAACUUAAACAGCAGGCUUUGGAUCUCUCCCUGAAGUUCAAUUUUGUGACUCCUUUAACAUCUAUGGUGGUUACAAAACCCGAAGAGAAAGAAAAGGAAGAAGAAACGUUAGUUGCUGAUAAAUUUGUUGAAGGAGAAUCCCCAGGCCACACUUCACCCUAUCAGACCCCAGGCCGCACUUCACCCUAUCAGUCUCCAGGCCAGAGUUCACCAUAUCAGACCGUGCAGACCUAUUUAUCACACCACCAACCUACCUACGCACCUUCAUAUCCCUAUGCCGUGCAGACCUAUUUAUCACACCACCAACCUACCUACGCACCUUCAUAUCCCUAUGCUCAGACACCUUAUAACUGGGUUGAUUCUGAUCCCCAUUUUGUGAUAAAUGUUCCAAGCAAGAAUGACUUUUUGUGCUUUAACAUACAAGAGGAGCCUGGAGUGAUAUUGAAUCUUGUUGAGGACCAAGAACUCGGUAUCGCUGUUAAUGGUGAAAUUAUUGGAAAGAAGAAAACAGCCAAUAAUGUGAUAUCAAAUCAAACCUACUUUGGAAAACUAGGGAUUGUAAACAAAAAGCUGAAACUGAGAAUUGAGGUGACAACUGAGACAAUCACUAUCAUGAUGGGUAAAAAUAAGAAGGAAUACACAUGGGAGAAGAAAACCUCUGUCAAGAAGGAAGGGCUUAACCUGGUUGUCAAUAAGAGAAACAAUGUAACACUAUCAUUUGGAGAAGGGGCAAAAUUUGUCAUUCUUUUACAUCAUUUUGCGAAAGAUGAUUCUCUACACACAGAUUUCUUAGGAUUCUAUACUUUGGAUGAUCAUAAAUUUUCUGCAGGCGUUCAUGGAUUGUUAGGCCAGUUUUUCCAUGGAGUUGAUUAUGAAAUUUCCAAUAUCCAUGAAACCAAAAAUCCCGAUAAACCAGAUGCUACAAUGAAAGUGAAGAAUAAACUACUGACAGUAACAAGGGGUUCACAAAAAGAUUAUGAGAGUGAUAACAAGAAUGGCAAAAAGGUCCCUUGCUGGUUUGUACACUCCAACGCAGAAGGGCUGAUUGAUGGCACUCAUGAAGACUAUAUUGUACCCGAUAUCUUCUACAUCGGAAAUUAGGACAUUUAUAAUCUCCCUCUUUUCUUCAUGUUUUAAGGAAUAGUUCUGCAUAUAUGUUUCAAUUGAAUAAAUAUUUACUGAUUAAUGUA